AUGGUGACCCUGUGUAUUUAUGAUUCUACGGGAACACUCUUGACCUUGUUGCAUUGGCGCCAACCAUCAAGAGCCUCUUGGAUACCACUCCUGGAUACUAAGCUUCUUCCACGUCUCGCAUCCGGUCGAAAGACAGAGACUUACUUUCCGAUCGCCGUUGCGGACAACAAAUUCCACUGCAUCAUCCUCAAGGGCGGAGACCAAUACCCAUACUUCCCGCGCCCCCUCCUCUCCGAAUUCGACUUUUCUAUUCCUCUCACCUCUGAACCGCCUAAGCAGAAGAAUCCCGACGCCAUGGAUCAGGACGGAACACCGGAGCCUGAAGACGACGACUCGGAGUCUCGCAAAUUGGAGCAACAAUUCCUGCUUAAGGGCAUCACGGCAGCACAAUUACAGGAUCUAGCGGAUUCAACAAGCGGUAGUCAUACACAACGGUCGAACCUCGCGCGUCUCGAGCUUGAGAUUGACAAGACGCUCCUGCAGCUCCUAGCCAUCGAAUGCCGUGAGAGCGAGGAUCGCGGCAUGCGCGCUCUCGAAAUUGUCGAGCUCAUGCGCGACCGUACGGGACGCAUGAUUGAGGCUGCGAAUAAGGUUGCCGAACGUUAUGGAAGAUCCAUUUUGGGAGAAAAGAUACGCGAGGUUGGCGAACGUAAGGCUAAUGCUAUGGAUGAUGAUUUUUGA